AUGAUGGCUGCGCCGAAUCGUCCUACCGCUAGAUGCCCUCCCUCCCGGCAGGUCCGAGGAACGAGGCUUAAUACAAUAAUCGAGGAUUCGCGCGAGACGCAAUUUUCAGACAAGCCUGGACAUAGCCCAACCGAUAAUCGCCAAAGGAGUCCGGCACCGCAAUUGAAACUGAGGACCGCUGGUCUGUCGUCACAGGCGGCUCCACGCCAACGGUUCCUGUCACCGCUCUCUGCAAGUUCGGUCUCAUGUUGCUCAGAUGAAGAUUGGCAAGAGCAAAUGAACAAAUUUGAUGAUCUCUAUGAUGCCACGGACGACGACUCGGAUUUCAGUGAUGAGUGCGCGUCGUAUUCUAGCACUCGGCCUACGAGCAUGACAACACCAACGACAGCGAGGGAUUCGGUGGGAUCUCAAGGCUCCCGAAGACGGUAUCCAUCUAUUGAUAUUCCUUCAUCGAAUCUAUGGCCAUCACUCAACGGUGCUCCGAAGAGCUCGCCAGUUCCACCGACCCCCCCGCAAAAGAUUCCCGUUUCGCCAGCCGCCCUCUCGCUGCUUUCACGCUCAGUGCCGGCAAUGCACGCAACGCCGUCGCUAGAUGGUAGUGUGUCGUCAGACCAAGUAUCUAACCUUAGCACUCCAUCCACUCCGUCCUUACAGUCUCUCCCAGACACCGACUGGAACUCGCGUGGGAUUCACCUUCUUCCAGAUCUCGAGGCAGACGUGCAUCACUCAGAUCUUGACAACUCAGAGGCUCGUGAAGAGGUACCGCGCAUUGAGGUACCAAUCGAAAGUGUUGACGACGAUUGGCGGCGAUUUAUUGGAGACUUCCCACAGAUAACCGGUCAAACCACACCCACUGCAGGUUACUUUGCAGAAGCUGAACCUCCGCGGGAGGAUACACCUUCCGAUCGAGGGGUUGCUCUUCCCGAGGGCGCUCUCGCGACACUACAGUUUAUUCCUCUGGAGGGAACGCCAGAACCAUGGUCCGAGACUUCUGAUAACGAGGAGAUGUCGGAGAUCCCACUAGCCCCUCGGAGACGCUCACUUGAUGAUGAUACUCCAGUUUCACAGCUGUCAGAGUACAGCUUUACUGGUCUUGACAUCCCAUCACCUGGAGGGUUCUUUGACUCGCUGGGUCCUCGAGCUCGUCACACCUGGUCUCUACCAAAGCUCAGCCAAGCACCCACAUCGGCCACAGCCGAGACGUUCUACAAUAUUCCAUUUUCGCGGGGCCAAGGAGAGAUCGUCGAGCAAGUUGUCAAUCUUCCGGAUAGGUCGAACGAUGAGCAAUUGACUGCAGUAUACGCGCCACCAACUGCGGUCAGAAUCCCAGAGAGCCCUGCGCAUCCACCAACCGAGGGCUCAGUAAGCCCUAUCAGCGAAGGGGUUCAUGAGAUUUCGAGACCCGCUACCACGUAUGAUCCAGAUGAACAGGAUGAGAAUUAUGCCGCGGAACUGCAAAAGAAGGCAAUGUCAAGCUUGGAUAGAACCAGCGUUUGGCUGGCGGCCCAGGCCUCGUAUCUUUCAGCUCUCAGCGAAACGAACCCAGUGAACAGUAUUGAGGAAGAAGACGACCGGGUUUCCGAUGUUGACGAGCAGAGUAGUCAAAAGGCUUCUUCGCCCCAGCUUAGGCGGAAGAGUUCUGUACACUUGAACUCCCAGCCGUUACCGGAACCUCCCAGCUCUCUUCCUGCUAUCCAUGCCAGCAAGGAUUCGAUCUACUGGCGCGGUUUUAAGUUUUUGUUGGAACAGUCUCAACGUCGAGAUACCUUCGUGCACCGCGCGACUCGGUUUGAUGCUAUGCAAUCUACCCGCCAGGGUCUGUCCGGUGUGCACAGCAAGUGCCUUCGUGGAAGCUACGAACUGAUUCUUCCUGAGCGACCAUCGUACAGCGGGCCGUUCUCGCAGUCUCCCCGCAAAUCUGUCCUGGGUUCAGUCCUGCAAGAGAAAGCCCAAUUCUCCAUGAUUGAGAAGGAACAAUUAGUUCUUUUGCAAUUAAGCCAACCGAUGUGGGCCAUGGAGGCCUUAAGGUUUUUGAAUGCUGGCAGGCUUGUUGCCAGCCCUGCUCAAAAGCGUCUUUCGCGGAGUACUGCCGGCACAGCCGCUCGAAAGAAUCCCAAGCGCCGUCAGGUUAGGGUUCUUGAUCUAGGUGGCCAUGCUACGGCGGAGUGGGCUUGGCAACUUGCACACGAGUAUCCUGAUGUCAAGAUUUAUACAGUGUAUACUGGGUACCAGCAAGUCAACAAGGCCAUCAAGGGUCCUGUAAACCAUCGCUAUAUCCAAGUGUCUCAGCUAUGGAAGCUUCCGUUCUCUGACAACAAGUUCGACGUGAUCUCGGCUCGCUCCCUGCCCGCUUUCCUUAAAACCGAACCCCCGGCGGGAGAAAGCUUAGACGAGUAUGAUCUUUGUCUUAAGGAGUGCUAUCGCUGCCUCAAGCCUGGAGGCUACUUGGAAUACCUCGUCAUGGACGCUGAGGUCUCCCGCGCGGGUCCUUAUGCCUCUGCGACAUCCAUUGAGUUCGCCUUCAACCUCAAGAUUCGAGGGUAUGACCCGAUGCCCACCAAGAACUUCACUGGCCGUCUACGGAAGCAAGACUUCGUAAACAUCAAGCGAGGCUGGAUGUAUCUUCCCAUGGGUACCGAACCACGGAAGCCUCAAGCCCCAAGAGAGACUCCUGACCCAAGGGUUAAGAGCGUGAUCGAGGACACGGAAGCCGUCCAAGGGCCAUUGGGAAGCACAGUUGAUAUCGCGCCAAUCACUGGAUUACUCGGCGGGUGGGUAUGGGAACAGUGGCUUCUGAAACUGCAAGUUGAGAUGGGUCGCGAUGACACAAAGUUGCUCGAAGGUAUUGGAAGUGUAUUUGAUGAGGGCCGCAAGAAUGGCUCCGGCUGGACAUGCUUGUCCGGCUGGGCUAUGAAGCCCUUGCCUAACCACAGGCGUUGA